GCUCACGUGUAGUGAACGAUUGAAAACAAAAUGGUUCUAACGAAAGCCUACCUCAGAUAUGUACAAUCUGCCUGUUUUGGCGUUGUUUCCAGCUUGAAAGCGAAAGUUGUGUUUAUUAAGAGAAGAAUUAACACGACAAGAAAGCAGAUCGCUCUAUACGCGGUUUGUCCGGCGUUGGAGAACGUUAUAAUUUGGGAUGUUAGAAGAGGAGAAAAGGUAACAGCGAGUUUAUCUUUAUUUGGGUGGUAGGGUACAUUUUAUGUUAUAUUAAUCGGAGGAAAAAGAGAUUAAGUACCUAGAUUAUAAAGAACUGUUCAGAGUGUGUGUUGUGGUGUUUAUGAUUAGACUCUUCACUCUUCGAAUUCUGUAACUUGAGUGAAAACUGUAAUAUUUGGGACACUCCGAGGACUACAAGCACAUCUUCACUGAGUGAUUUCACUCAGAAACUACUACUUAAAUUUCCCGUCCGCACUGGAAAUCAGAUGAAGUGAGAUCUGAUCACACUACAGCAGUCACUUUCGAUAGGAACACAUGAAUGCAUCUUUCAUCAUGCGCAUUUCAGGGGUCUGUUUUAAUCCAGCUAAAAGUACCAUAAGCAGAAACAUCAGCAUUUUUAAAAAACCCUUGAUGACAAUGAACCAGUUUAACGACACUUAACUAUUGGCUGUUGCUAUUGUGCUGUAUUGUCGAUCACAACACAAGCAGCAUUUACCAAUCGCCACUCUGGAGUAUACAUCAUGUUAAUUUGUGCUGGGAUGGCAACCUGGAUAGGAGCUAGAGGGAAUGUCUUGAACCCAGACCUCUUGACCCAAAGUAUACCCUAUCAACCUUUAGGACACUGUGUCUUCUUGAUAUAAGUGUAGUAAUGAUUUACAUAUUACUGUCAAGGUUUCUGUGCUUGCUGGGGACAAACAUGAAGUCACAGCUCUACAAGUUAGUCCUGAUCAACAAGUUUUAGCUGUUGGGUAAGAGAUACUCCUUAUUAAUAAUAUCUGGCAUAGAACUGUAGAUAUAAGUAUUAACCUUUUAGCCCUUACAAGUGACUAGCAUCUAAGUUCUCCUCACAAUAUCACCCCUGAAUCAUGCAGUAAGGUCACGAGAAUAAAGAAAAUUAUCAGCAGCAAAAGAAGCUGUUGAUUGUUACACAAGUUCUCCUUGUCUGCACCUCAAGAAAUGUAUAGAGAACAGUAUGGAGAAUACCUUUACUGAUGUUAGGGUUUCAAGGGUGAAACUGAUGACAAUUUCUAUACACAUUGCUCUUCACAAAAAUGUGUUACUACCAUUGAAUUUCAACUUCCGAAUUCACAGCUAUGAAGAUGGAUCAGUCAGGCUGUGGAAGUUACAAGAUAAUACUUGUCAAGUAACAUUCAGGUAACAAUAACUCAGCAAUUGUUGAUGAUAAAAGAAAUCUCUCGUGCAGGGAAGUUUUCAGUAUAGAAUUCCAUUUAAGACAAUCAUCCUUUCUCUUGAGUAGCAAACUUUUUGAGGGGGCAUCUUUCCAAACUCUGAAAAUUUUUCCAAGACUGGAGUCAUGAUUUUGAGAAUUGCUCAUCCACUUCCUACAAGAGACUGAGACACGUCUAAUAUAUCAAUUCAGUUGGUUGCUUAUAGAAGUUUAAAUUUUAUAUUGAAUGCAGUUGACCAGUGGAUUGAACUUGGAAGUAAAUAUCAAUUAUUUGUGCUCAUACAAAUGAGGCUGAAAGUCUUUUCAAGCCUAUCCUCAAGUGAACUGUCAUUCUUUAUCAUCAACUGUAUAUGUACAGGACAACAUUGUUUCUAACAGUUUCCAUAUUAGUCUUUAACCAAUUUGCUCCCAAAAUCUGAUAGUUAAUUCUCCUGUCUAGCUGCUACACAUUUCCUUGUGAAUUAGUUUCGAGAACUUGGUGUUAUACAACUGUAGAUCAAGAUAACAACUUCUGCCCAAUAAGUUUGAGUUUCCUCAUUACCUGUUUGCUGGAUAAUGCAUGGAUGUUUUAGGGAGAAGUAACAUUUUUAUCAAUUCUAGGAGUUAAAUGAUCAAUUGGUCCUUUUUCCAAAAAAAACAGUGGUCACAAGUCAGCUGUGUCUGCACUGAAGUUUGAUGAUGCAGGAGGAAGACUCGUCUCAGGAUCAAGGGUAAAUUGUAUCUGCUGUGUAUUUCUCCUUACAAUAUCAUUUGUGACUUACCCAGUGAGGUCAUGAAAAUUAAGGAUAUGAUCACCAACUAAAGAAGCUCUUGAUUGUUAAACAAAUUCUCCUUGUUAGCAUCUUAGGAAAUGUAGAGAGAACAGUGUAGAGGAAAUGCAUAAUGAUAAUAGGGUGUCAAGGGUUAAUUUGACAUACCAGGAAUGGGUGCUUUUCAUUUAUUUCAUCCACUUAAAUUUGUUACCCCUUUGUUUGGAGUUUUAUGAAGUUUUGGAGUUUUUAUUCAGCCAGUUGUUGUGAUUCAUUUGACAAGUUUAAUACAUACAUUUCUAUGCAGUAUGAACUCUGGCCUCUCUCUUUUAAUUAGAUUUUUUAUACCUAGCAGCACCCACCACAACAAGUGUCACAAGUGAGCCAAGGGAAGGCAUCACUUAUCAUAGAUUCCUCAGUCUGUAACUCAGAGGUUGGGCAUGCAUAGGGAUGGGGUUUUAUCUCUUGUGAGGGGCUAAGAUUUUUUUUGUUGUCCUACGUUCUUGACAAAAUCAGUGACAUUUUUCUUCAUUUAUUGGCCAAGCUCAAAAUUUAUUCCCUCUUUCUAUUUUAUUUGAGAAGUCUGGGGCUCUUAAGUUACCCUGCAUAAAUUUUGCUCUUACUGGUACACCAAUGUUUUUUUUUAAUUGUCAUUUUUCCCUUGUGUAUGCAGGACACAGAUGUCAUAGUUUGGGAUACUGUCAAUGAAGCUGGUCUUUACCGGUAAAGAUUUCAUUACAGAUGUCAUUAAUGCUGAUUUUACAGUUUGGUUUUGAUUGAGCCUUUGAGUGAAAUCUAAACUGGUACAGAUAAGUGAUGAAAGCUUUUGGAACAGAUUGAAUUAUUCUGUAAAUUCAGUGAAAUGAAGUGAGAACCAAAUUAAUACAAUUUUGUUAGAUUUUUGUUAAUAUAGAUCUUAGAAUAUCAUGAAUGAUACCUAACUGUCUGUAAUUCUUGGUUAUUGAUGCUAAUUUUUUCUUGUUCAUCAUCAGUUUCAAGGGACACAAAGGACUAAUAACAGAAUGUUAUUUCAUGAAAAGUCAGAAUGUUCUGGUAACAAGGUAAGUCAACAGUUCAUUGAAGGUUACAUUUAAUAAAACAAUAGAUCAUCACUAGAGUCAAAAGAAGUAGAUAAUAAAGUUUGCAAAUGAAGGAGGUAAGUCUCUAAAGAAACUGUGGUAUUGAGUUGGUGGGAGAGUAUAAGGGUAAUUUAGCAUUAUCAACUGAGUUAAUAAUGUAAAUUGGCCACUGUAAAGAGUUUAAAAGUUGACAUUUCAAGUGGUAACCCUUUGUUGUUGUUUGUGCCCAAUUUUGAUGACUUGAAUUUAGUGAUUUGUCUCAUCUGAACCUUUCCUCUCAAGUGGGUGGUUCAGGUUUGCGAUAUCCUUGGGGAGCAUAAAGUUUGCACACAAACCCAUAGAGCGCAUCUUUGUCUCCAUGGGCUGAAGCCACCAGUUGUAUUUCUGAACCAGUUUCUCUUUCUUGAUGGGAUGUGAGCCCUUUUCAGGCCCCUAUCCAGAUUUUCUAGACAGUAUAUCCUCCUGGGAGAAAAUAAACAGUGUGCACCCCUUGAGCUAAGAAAAUGCAACCCUGGUCAGAGUGAAUGGGUGAAUUUACAAUUACAACACCACAACUCUUUGGCAUCCUUCAUUUAUAUUAAAAUUAUACUAUUUUCAAUAACUUUCACAACAGAACUUGUUUAAAUUGUUUCUUCUCUAUAUAAGUGGUUAGUUAUUAUAAAUAGAUUGAUUCUCUUGUUUUACUUUUGUUAGUUCCAAAGAUAGUUUUGUAAAGUUUUGGGAUCUUGACACACAGCACUGUUUUCUUACACUUGUUGGUCACCGGAGUGAGGUGAGUAAUAUUAGUCUGAAUAUUUCUGAAUUAAGUGGUAAGAGGUUAUUCACAAUGUAAUUUGAAUGUUUUUCAUUUUUCCAUGAACUCCAUCAUUCAAGUCAUCCAGUCAGGCAGCCUGUCAGUUUACCCAUCUGUCUGUCUGUUAGUCAGUCUGUCUGUCCACCUGUCUGUCUGCCUCCUGACAAUCAUUGAGUCAAUCCAUCAGCUUGUCUGUCUUUCUGUCUGACAGUCCUGCCAGCUUGGAAGUCAUCCAGUCAGGCACCUUGUCAGUCUACCCAUCUGUCUGUCUGUCAGUUAGUCUGUCUGUCCAUCUGUUGGUCUGUCUGCCCGUCCACCUUCCUGUUUGUCUACCUUUCUAUCUGUCCAACUGUCUGUCUGUCUGUCUCCUGUCAGUCAUUGAGUCAAUACAUUGGCUUGUCUGUCUUUCUAUCUGACAGUCCUCUGCCAGCUGAAAGUCAUCCAGUCAGGCAGCCUGAUGGUCAGUCAGUCCGUCCAUCUUUCUGUCUGUCCAUCUAUUUUUCUGUUUGUACUUGUCUUCUGUCAGUUUGGCGCUCAUUCACUCAAUCAAAUCCUGUUUGUGGAACAUUGAAAUAUAUGUUCUGUUUGUUAGAAGUCAGAUCUAAGAGAAAUUUUCCAUUUAUUUUAAAACCCUUUGAACCAUUCCAAACUGUGAGGAUACUUUUUAUAGUGAUUAGAUAUUUAGAGUUGCAUGGUUGUCUUCUACUUGUAGGUAUGGGGUUUCACAGUUGCCCAUGAUGAAACAAGAUUAAUAACUGGGUGUGCAGACAGUGAACUUAGAGUCUGGAAAAUUAACAGCAACAGUGAGAGUGACACAGAGCAGCUGAGUGAAAGUAAUAAGAAGAAUGGAGGUAAAAGAAAUGCUGACGAGGCAGGAUUAGAUGAAGAAUCAGAUGAGAAACCAACUGAGGUAAUUUCCUACAACGAUGAAUAAAAAAGGAUUUUUAGGAAACAACUCAGUUUAAAGAUCUAGUCAUCAAAUUUCUAAACCCUUUAACUCCCAAGAUCUGAUUGUAGCUCUCCCAUCUAGCUGUCACUCAUUUCCUUGUAAUUUAGUUACAAGAAUUCACUGUUAAAUCAUAAUAACAACAUCUGACUGAUAAGUUUAAGUUUGAGUUCUGCCUAUUCAUGUGGUUUUUCAAGAAUUAAGAUUUUUUUUGUUUUUGAAGAAAGCAUGGAUGACUUGUGGUGUUAUGACACUUUUUAACUAGAAAGCAAUUUAUGAAAUUCCACACCUGUCAGCUGCACUUUUCACUGAAGUUCUGCUUUGUUUAAAAUAGCUAUACUAAUAAGUUUUUUUCUCCUGCCAGGGAACUCAGCUUUCUUGUACACUGAUUGGCUCAAUUUUCCGUCAUAGCCAUGAAAGAGUGGUGUCAAUUAUGUCUGACUCAACACAAACAUUCCUUGGGUGCCUUGUAAGUGCAAAAUAUACCUGCUAAAUUUGUUCACUGACAUUUGAUUGUAGGUUCAAAGUUUAUCCUAAAUUUUGCAAAGAUACGAGCUUUGAAAUUUACUAAAAAAUGUUCUUUCUCCAUCUAUGCACAUGGUAUGUUCAACAUACAUGUAUGUUCAGGGCGUGAAAUUGUGCCCAAUACAGGUGCCAAUGCGACUAAAUUUUUCUUUUUGGCAACCAAAUCCUGAAAAUUAGUCGCCAAAUUGGCAACUAGAAUGCUUCAUCAUAACCUUACUUAGAGAUAAAGUGAAUUAAAUUGGACAUCCUAAUGUCCAAUUUGUAGCAUGUUAAAGAUCUUUUUCCUAACUUAAUUUUGGAGGGUCUAUCUAGAACGCUAACAGCAUUAAAAAAGGUUUUAUUUGUCUUUAAAAAUGGCAACCAACUUUUUUUGAAUUGGCUACCACUUUGAAAAAUUUAGGAGCCAAGUGGCUACCAGAAAAAAAAAUUAAUUUCACGCACUGAUGUUGAUCCUUGCAGUAAGCAGGAUGCUUGUCACACAGGAACCUAGUGUAUGGCCUAAGUCACCAUGGAGUUCCUGGUGGCUCAGUGGUAAAGUGUCAGACUGCUGAAGGCCUGGGCCAGGUUGUUUCAAGGGUAGAUAAUGCUACCUACUGGAUGAAUUAAUGAACACUUCCCUACUGGAUAAUGAUAUAUCCAUCUGAUAGUGUUAUGCACCCUUUUAAUGACUGCACCCUGAUAUUCAAAUUGCCAUGAAAGUCUUGGAUCUUUCCUUUGUCAUGUAAGUAUUUUGAAACUAAUGACAUCUUUCUUAAUUGGAAGGUAUCAAAAAGGAAACUUAGCUGCUCUGUUUCACUACUAACAGAAAAACAUUGUUUGUUUGUUUUAAAGGGCAAUGAUUCACAGUUGGAAUUGUUUAAAACGUUAAAUGAUGAAGAAAUACAGAAACACCUACAAAAGAAACUUAAGAGACAAAGGUCUGUUAAAAAAAAGAUGAGAUAAUUUUGUUGCCUUCUUUUGAUUUUAACUUUUAUUUAAGAUAUUAAAAAAAAAUUGUUUCUUUUUCUUCAUCUAGAAAGAAAGCAAGAAAAGAAAAUGAGGACCAGGUUAGUGAAUCGUUCAAGCUUCUUUGCAUUUUCUGUAAGUGAUACAAAAAGUAUAUAACACAAUGGAAAAUGUUUGGUAUGCACUGUAAUAUGAUACCUUUAAUUAUCUACACUAAUCUUACUAGUCUUUAAUAUUUCUAACAGAUUUGUUUUGAUACUUAAUCUCCUCUAGAAAUCAGAAACAGACAUUGAAGUCACAAGAACUGUGGAGGAUGAACUUCAAAGAAUACAUUCCCUAAAACUUCGUUCAAAGAUCAAGUAAGAAAAUAUAUUUUACUCUAACAUGUACGUCAACUUGUAGAAAAAUCAAGUGUAUUUUUUUGCAUUUACUGAGGAGAAUUUUCAAGGUUGACAAGAUUUCUUGAUUAUUUGUACAUUAUCAUGGAACCACAAGCAUGCUUUGGAAGUGAAGUGGUUGAUAAUCAAAGAGAUAUGCAUUUCCAAGUAACCUGAAGCUAGGAACGACCAUGUUAUAAUGGCUAAUACACCAUGGUGGCUAAGCCAAUCAAAAUCCUAGAUUUUCCUUGUAUAUCAAUACCAUCUCAACUUGAUACAUGUAUUUGCUACUAACUUGUUAUUACAGAUCCUUUGACUUGUUUCAUGAUGAAAAUGCCAAUGAUUUAAAGGUAUUUCUGUUUUAGUUCUCAUUUCAUAUUUUGUAACUAUUUGGAAGAUUUCAAUUUUAAAUGUAAGCUACAUACAGCACAACUGUACAUAAUCUUGCAGUUUGUUUAUCAUAAGGCCCAUUUAUCAUCUGUCGGUUUUGUUUUGAUUCCCUUGCAGAUCAUAUUAUUGCUUCAAAAUAAUACAAUCCAGUUGCAUUCAGUUACUUUGAAACCAGUGGAAUCCUCUUGUGUAUCAUCAGUCACACUUCCUGGUCACAGAUCAGAUAUCAGGUUAGUAUCACUGUGUUUCCAAUAUCAGGAUGGUAUUACUUGGCACACAAAGGUGCCACUAAAGUUUGCUCUGCUUCAGACAUUUGGCUUCAUAGCCCACAGUGUAGCUGGCAGUAUCAGCCAAUUGGUCCUACAGGGUGCAGAUGUUAAGGAAUAAAUCAAUUUUUUUACACUUAACUUUUCAUAUCUUUUUCAACAUUAUACCUGUGAUGAUCAGACCAUUACAAUGUGCACGGAAAGUUUCUAGCUAAAAGAAGAAGAUAGAGAAACAAACAAAUACAUCACAUUCCUUCCAAAAGCAUAGCUCUAUUUUCUGCAUAUAAACACACACCCCAAUCGCUCUGAUGAAGGGCUAACACUUGAAAUGUCAGCUUUAAACUCUUAACCCUUUAACACCCAAGAUCUGACUGUUAAUUCUCUCCUCUAACUGCUACACAUUUCCUUGUAAAUUAGUUAUGAGAAUUUGGUGUUAGAUCAAUAUGACAACUUCCUGAUAAGCUUGAGUAUUCUCAUUACCUGUUUGCUGGAUAAUGUAUGGAUAUUAUUGGGAGAAGUUGCUUAAACUGAUCACUGCUGGGAGUUAAAGGGUUAAUGGUGGCCAGUUUACAUUAUCAAAUACAUCCAUUUACAGGUUUAUGUUUGGUGGGAUUUUGAUGUGAUGGUGUGGGAUGGAGACACUUUACCUAAAGUAUUGCUUUUGAAAUGAUAAUGUUUGGCAAAACAUUCAAAACAUCAUUGUCAUCAAUCAUAUUCUCCCUGGAUAUUUAUUGAAAAACCUGUAGUACUCUAAAGAGAGUGCUAUAGAUCUUUUACAUUUUGAACAUCUUGCAAUUUGAAAAAAAGGAAUGAUGGCGAAUAACUUAGUUUAUUUUUUCCCAAUUAGAACUCUCUGUUUCAAUGCUGAUGGUUCCUGCCUUUUGUCAGGCUCUCAAGAGUCAAUUAAAGUUUGGAACAGGUAAAAUGUCCAGGGAUUUUUUUUUUUCUAGAAAAAAAAAAUGUCAUCUCAAAGAAACUUCUGUCAUGGUGGAAAAGGGAAAAGUGCCUGUAUAAUCCAUUCCUUGUUUACAAGGAAAACUUUUAACUUGGUUUUAACUUUGCCUUUGAGAUGUAAUCUCCUUUUUCUCAAAGCUAAUUUAUGAUGAGAUUUACAGUAAUUUAUUUUAUCAUAAACUGAUUUAAGUGAAUAAUAUUAUAAUACCUUUGUCAAAAAACAAACAAUUUGUUUUAUUUGGCAACCCCAUUGUAUAUUUUUGAUUGCAGAUCAUCUUGUCAACCAAUAAGAACAGUAUCCACAGGGUAUGCACUAUGCUCAUUGUUUGUGCCAGGAGACAAGCACGCCAUCAUAGGAACCAAGGUACUGCAACUGUUUGAAAAGAAAAAAAUGUAUUUAUUUUCUAGAAAAAAAAUUUUUACAGAAAACUCUUAUGCUCCAGCUGCUUGGGAAUAUUUAUGACAGGAAAACCUAGGUGGCAAAUCAUAUGCAAGAUGGUUAAAAUAUGUUUAAAAAAAUCACUUAGAAAACUUUUUUACUUUUUUUUUUUUUCGCAGGCAGGGAAGCUAGAGAUCUAUGACAUAUCAUCUGGUCAAUUACUGGAGUCUGUAGAUGCUCAUGAUGGUCCAGUGUGGGGCUUAUCUUUAUCUCCUGACAAGGUUUGUAAGCAAGUAAUUUGCCAGAAGUUGUCACAUUAUUAAAGCACAGCUAUGAAUUGAUCUUGAUUAUGUAGAGAUGUCAAAUUUCUACUGCACACAAUUAGCCUAACUAAGACCAAGAAUUAAUCUUGAUUAUUUUAUAAUUUAUUUUGUCAGCGUGGUUUUGCAUCUGGUAGUGGAGACUCUACAGUAAAGUUUUGGGAAUUUGAACUUGUAUCAGAUGCUGAGCACUCUCAAGUCAGGUGAGGAGAACAAACUUGAAGUGUUUGUCACUAUGUGCCAUUGUAUAGUUACAAGACUUUUUCUGUUGAUUACAGACAGGAAUAGAUUUGUAAUAGAACUUUUAAUGUUUUUUAUGGGGUAGCGAUGUUGUUUAUUCUCAAACUUUGUGAGUUGUUUUCUUUUUUUACAAAGAAGAUGUUUGUUUGUUUGUUUGUGAGUGUUCUAGUCUGAAAUUGACCAGACUUCUUUGUUGUUGACUUGUUAGAGGAGAAGGAUUAUUUUAUUAUCCUUGGGCUGGAAUGGAUGUGUACCUACAUUGUGUAUUUAUUGAAUGCAGAUUUUAAGUAUUGAAAUUUGGAAAUUUCAUAUAAUUUAUUGAAAUAACUUAACCUAAACAUCUCAACUAGAGUUGACACAUUUUUUUACAUACAUUUUUCAAUAAAUUGAUUUUAAUCAUUGAAAGGAUAUUUAUUAGUAAAUUAAUUCCUUUUGUUGAAUCAACAGCAAAAGAUUGAGCAUCACUCAUGUGCAGACCUUGAAAAUGAAGGAGGAGGUGUUAUGUGUCAAAUACAGGUAUGUCCCUUUUGCAUGAGGCUGCCAGAGUUUGUUUGGUUGUUUUUAUUUUUCACCAACAGGUAACUGACCAAACUAGUGACAUUUGGUCGCAAAUUAACUUUUACAUUCGAGUGCCAAGUUGCAAUAAAAGUUUUGUUUCAAUCACCAUAUGGAACAGUUUGGUUGCCAAAAGGUCCAAUUUGUGAAAUUUUCGCCUCGGCGGAGGUUAAAAAGGCGUUGUUUUUAGGGCCUCUCUUUGAUUAAAACAAAGUUCAUAUUUCAUAGUUUGCAUGAAAUAAAGGUAUAGUACAAUUGUAGUUCAGUAAUAACAAUGAAAUGCCAUGCUUUGAGGAGAGGUGGUGAUAGUCAUACAUGUAAGUCCUGUGCAUUACAAGGUAUCUGAAUUUUUUUCUUUUUUUUUUUUUUUUUUUUAUCUAGUACAUAAAGUCCUAAGUAUCGAAGAGAAAGUGAGAAAUAUUUAAAGACAAUAUGGUGCAAACAAUCAACACAACGCUUUUUUUAUUCUUCUUCAAUAGUCCUAAUCAAAGAUUGCUGGCUGUGAGUCUUCUAGAUUGUACAGUUAAAGUGUUUUUUGCUGAUACUUUAAAGGUUUGUUGUGUUGAUUCUUUUUUGUAAAAGUACUACUUGCAUGUUUGAAAGGCGACGAAAUUAACUAAUCUGUACAAUUUUACGAGCAAAAAUUUCAAUCUCAAACAGAAAUUAAAGAUUAUGGAGACAGAGCAUGUCUUAUUUCUUGUUUCUUUUGUUUUUAUCGACGAACUAAGAUUAUGAACUCCUACUGGCAUUAGAUCUGUUUCUCUUUCAAAAACAAACAAUUGAUGGAGUCUCGAUCUAUCAAACAUGGUGGAUUGUGGAAUUUAAAAAAUGAUGAUAGAAUUUUCCCUUUUUUUGUCCACAAAAAUCAUGUUUCAUUUAUAGCAGACCGUCUAGAUUACAUUUUAGAAAACUUCUUCCUAUUUUUCCUUUUCAGUUCUUUUUAUCUUUGUAUGGACACAAACUCCCAGUUAUGGCUUUGGACAUUUCAUCAGUAAGUAUCCAUAUUCUUGCUCCUGAAACGGUUAUUAGAACAGUCUUUGAUUGAUUAUCGAAAGUCAUCCGGUCUGGCAUUGGUUGUGCUUUGCUUUAGACAGUGAGUGGUUUACAAAGAGCGUGUUACCUUUGAUAGUAAUCAGUACCCACGCCCUCGUCCAACACGACCUGGACGCGUUUGUUUUCUCGUCCUUCAGUUUGUUUAUUAAGGUUAACAAAUAAAAGUAAUUUUCUUAUCUAUUUCCUCUUAUGAACAGGAUAGCAAUUUAAUCAUCACAGGAUCAGCCGAUAAGAAUAUUAAGAUUUGGGGGUUGGAUUAUGGAGAUUGUCACAAGUCCAUAUUUGGACAUGAUGACAGGUUUGUUUGCUUGUUGUUGACUGCAGCGCAUUUCGAUUUAGUGCCGUAAACCUGAAUUAAAGUAAUUUCAACGGCCAAUCAGAAUACAGAAAAAAUAUCACUAGCAACCAGUGGAAACUCAAAAAGACAAAAGCGCGGGAAAACGCGAGUGAAUUAGUCGCGAUUGGUCGAAGUUUAAAAUUUGAUUGGUUGAGAAAGUGGCGCUACUUAUUUUGACGAAUCAUAGAAUGAUGUAAAGUAAAAACAAAGCAAUGUUAGAUUUCUUUGAAUGCGCAGUUGGAAAUUGGGUUAUUGUAAGCUUAUCGUUUUUCAUUCCGCCUGAAUCUGAAGCGCUCUACCCUUGUGGUUAGCUUGCGGGACUCUGGAUCAAAAUUUUUGCGGGUCUUAACCGCGCCAGGUCUUUUAAUCAUGUUCUUGGGCAAGACGACGUGCACUCAUAGUGUCUCUCUCCAGGGUGGGAGUAUGAAUGGGUACCAGCGAAGUGUGAGAUAGACUUUACAGAAUGCUGGGUAACUAGCGAUGGUAGAAACUGUUCGGUAAUGAGCUCCGCCGUUGAGUCACUAGGCUCUUUUGUAGACCGUUUUGUUCCUCUUUUUUCAUAAGUCAUAAGUACCUCUUGAAAAAGUCUUACUUGUCAUAAUGUUAGGUUUUAUCGUUUACCUCAACUCACUUGUAUUUUUUUCUUUUUUUCUUUUUUCCAGUAUCAUGGGUUUACAGGUACGUUGACAGACUUUUCCUCAUCUCUAGUGAUUUGCUAAGCGAUAGCUCUAAUUCAGUGAACAUGCGUAUCAACCACUGGUCGCGUUCGAAAUAAAGAGCUAAUACUGCGCCCUGUAUUGUUACCAGUGCUUACCACGAAAGUGAGGUUUUAGUUUCUACUUCAAUAAAACAAGUUUCUUUGUUUCCAUCAAAAACGAUUCGCUGCGUUGACAGGCGAGUUUAUGAUCAUUUUGUAGCUUUUAAUCAGUUCAGUAGGCAACUUGCAAUUAAGAAAAUUAGAGCAGUUUAUUUACCGUGUUUGUCUUUUAAUUUUUCAACAGUUCGUCCCCAAGACUCAUUAUUUUUUCUCAGUCAGUAAGGACAAGACUUUGAAAUACUGGGACGCUGAUAAGUUUGAACACAUAACAACCCUUCAGGUAAUGACAGUGAUUUCUGGAGAUCCUUUGUUCUUUGAUUGGUUUAGAAAACUUGUGCUACCCUCUUAACCAAACGCGUUUAAUCACGUUUUCCCGCGAUGUCGGUAUUUUUAGUUCUUGUCAGCUCUCUAUGAUGUUAAUACAUUUUGAAUUCAGUUUUACCAUUUUCAGUGGAAAUUCGCCGAAGAAAGUUAACAUUUUCUCUCUGUUACGUUCGUACACAUGUAUUACUGACGGUACGGUCGUGUUAUGUGGGACGCUUAGACGGCAAUUGGAUUGCCUGGGAACGGCUAAAACGUGAAUACAUGGGAAGCAGUUGUUGAAAAUGUCCUGAAAGAUGUGUGUUUACUUUACCAUAGGGCCAUCAUGCGGAAGUCUGGUGCGUGGCUGUGAGUCCAGACGGCGAUUAUGUGGUGAGUAACAAAAUGGAUUGUGUCCGAUUGUCUUAUUACACUUGAUGAGAGUGUUAUGAUCCCAGUGUUCAUUGCGCAGUUGUGCUCCUCCUCUAAUCUGUGUAAUAAAGGAGCCCUGUUGCUAUCUAUUUUAAGACUAAUUUAGUGUUAAAAACUGAGUUGAAAUAAAUUGGCCACUGUAAAGAGGUGUCGUUUCUAAAUCAGAAACUGUGGUGCUGCCUGUCAAGUCAACCAAAGGUGGGGGAUAAACCCUCAUGUUCCUUGUCGCUGAUAUCUAGGGAACUAGUGACAGGAAUAAUUUAAGGUGUUACAAGGUAUAAAAGCGUGUGAUAAUUUUCUGUUAAAAUUUCUUUGUCCUUCAGGCAACAGGUUCUCACGACAGAUCCCUUCGGCUGUGGGAGAGAACGGAUGAACCACUGUUUAUAGAAGAGGAACGAGAACAGGUUCGGCAUAUUGUUGAUGUUUCACAGCUUUGUUUCCUCAGCAACUGGUGUACAUCAAUUUACAUCUAUUCACUUGUUUGAUCUUUUUUUCAGGAGAGAGAGAAAGAAUACGAAGAAAGUCUUGUGCAGAACACUGAGAGAGUGGUACGUUUCAAGUAACUGCUCCUCAAACGUUUCGCUAACACUAUGAUACCUAAGAAUAACAAUUGUGAAGUGCGAGAGACCAUCGGAAAAGAGAGGAAUGACACGAAAGUUUAUCUGUUUUCUUCCCUUGUGCAUUCCUAGUUGCCAGCCAGCAAUCUUGGUGCAAACAGGGAAAAAUGUAUAAUUUAGUUUUUCAAGUUACGUCUGCGAUGCGAACAUCCCUUCUCCCAGCCUCUCCGCUCAGACUUCAAGUUUCAUUGAUACAAAAUUUCAUGCUUGAUAGUUUAAAUUCAUCAACGAAUAAUGAGCAGAAUUAACCUUGUAAUGUUAAAAUCGGGUAUACUUUCCUCAGUAUUCGAUUGCGUUACCUUCAUCAAGUUUUUUUGUCUCAGAUUCCCGGAGAGGUAGAUGGAGAAGCCGUCAAGGCUGGAAAAAAGACAUUAGAGACUGUGAAGGCGGUGAGAUAUUCUACUCAAACGUUAUCACUUGACUGGAGAGAAUUCAGUUAAAGAGCUUUAUUUGUUAAAGAAACCAUCUACAGAGAAACGCAUUCCAAGACAGGAUAAAAUCUGAACACAGUGCUUGAAAAAUGACACAGGUAGUCAAAUUUUUUUGAAUGAAGGAAGCAAGAUUUUCAAGUGAAAAUCCGCCACAAUGGCGAAGUCUAGCUGCUAGCUAAUUUAAAAGAGGCUUCGAAUGAGUUCUGGUGUUAACCAUUUUACUCUUAAAAGUGACUAGCAUGUAAACCCUCCUUACUGUAAUACCCUGAAUCAAACAUGAGGGGCAUGAAUGAAGAAAAUGAUCUCCAACUUAAGAAAUUCUUGAUUGUGAAACAAAUUCUUGUCACUUUUUUGUUGCAAAAUCAUCUGCCGGUUGCAGGCGCCUCUAGACUAGAAAAAAAACGUGUUAAAUUUUGUUUUUUGUUCGUAGGCGGAAAGACUAAUGGAGGCUAUUGAUCUCUAUAAUGAAGAAACAGCUAAAAUGAAAGAACAAGGCGGUGGUCGUGAACAGGUAAACAUUUUCUUUCUACGGCGUUUUACUGCUCUAGAGACAGAUAGGACUCAUGGUGAAAAAAAAAAGCUACAGUAACAAUUUUUUAGCGAUAUCACUACUUUUUUUCGAUUUAAUUCAUACAUUGUUAGUCAACCGUAAAAAAAAUAGUAAGAGCGAUCCUUUUUUACAUUUUGCAGGUGUCUACCAAUCCAAUUCUAAUUGCGCAUGGAAAUAUUACGGUAAGGAGCUCUAUUACAUGUGUUUUAAAACGUACCUUAAUCUUAGAUGGUCCCGAUCACUUGAACAUUAUGUGGGAUGAUCGGCGCGAUGGGCUCAUGAUUUGGAUACCAGGCUUAAAACUUGAGGUAACUUGUUGUCAUGCUCGUUGUUGGGGUCUCUGUGUAUCUCACGAGACCCAUGGGAACGAGAACCGCAAGUUUUCUGCGAAAAGUCUGUUAAGAGAUUGGAACCAAAGCACAUACAGCCCGAGGGACUGUACGAAGAAAAAAGACAUUUUGCAAAUUCCCUUCCUUCCUUGCGCGCUCUUUUUCCUCGUAGAGUUUAGUACACCUGGGUCCGAGGCAUGGCUUAACCUUGUGACCCUUGAGAGUGCCUAGCAUCUAAUUUCUCCUUACAGUAUCAUCCCUGAAUCACACAGUAAGGUCAUGAGAAUAAAGGAAAUGAUCAGCAACAUGGAGAUCUUGACUGUUAAACAAAUUCUCCUUGUUAGCACGUAAGGAAAUGUUUAGAGAACAGUAUGGAGAAUAUGAAAACUGAUGUUAGGUUGUAAAGGCUUAAGGAAUAAUGAUUUGCAGUGUACAGUUUUCAAACCAGUACUCGUGAAGGACAGCAUAUAAAAGAGUUGCCAGUUUUCCUACUGCUGUUUAUGAAGCCUCCGUUAUUCUUAAUUUCUCUCCAGCCUGCUCGUUAUGUUCUGGAGGUCGUGAAGAAGAUCCGUUCAAGGUAUGUAACUAUUUGUAAACCAAGCCUUGGUUACAAAGAUUAAAAACUCUCUAGUACUAUCUUACGGUUAAAAUGUUUUUGUUCUCAGAUCGGAAAAAAACUAAUCGUUUUAUUGGUCAUCGGACACCGCUGUGUGUUCAAAGUCUGUUAAAUAAUCCAAUUUCAUGUUUCAUAGUGCACUGAUUGAAUGAAAGCUCAAUUAAACAGGAACAAAAGAGUUAAAAGACUUUUGGAAACAGGUCCAAAACUUUGGUGUAAUAACACCGAGUUGGCGAGUGGUUGAAAACGGGUGGGUUUCCGAAAUGUUUAUCUUGUCGAAAUGAGACAUUUUAUCAUCGGUUUGUUGAUUUGUUUUUGUUUGGUGGUUUUGCAGUGAAUUGGAAGAGUCUCUGAUAGUCCUACCGUUCAGUGUUGCCACUGAUAUGUUGACUUUGCUUAACCACUGGCUCCAGGUAAACAGAGUAACAGUAUUUGCAAUGGUUGUGAUUUAUUGCUUAGCAGCACCAGUGAGCGCGACCGGUGUUGAGAAAGUUCAGUGUAAUUCGCGAUCACUUGACCUGGAACAAUGUGUCUAACGGUAUUUAUAGUUUCCCUAAAGUUGGGGGGAGGGGGGGGUCCCUGGUACUGUUUUUAGCUUAAAUUUAAUUCAUUCUGUAUUUCCAUCAACAUCAAGAAACUUUCAACCGAGUAUGUAUGUUGUUGUUCUUUUUCAAAUCCAGCGCGGCUGGGAGGUCGAGCUUUCCUGUAGAUGCCUCUCAUUUCUUUUGAGGUGAGUUAAUGCUUUUUCUGUCUCGUAGAGCAAAGCGCCAGGAUCUAAGUCAUGGCGAAAGGUUGUUGUUAGCCCAUUAAUCGUACUGUAAAUUGGAUUUGGAGAUUCCGCAAUCGAUGGGUGGCGCUUUGUCCAAUGUUUCACUGUCUUUUCUUAUUUUCAAUGAUGUUCAAGUGAUAACUGACGAACUAUUCCUUUCUCAGGAUUCACCAUAGCCAGAUCGUAACAAACAAAGUUCUUGUACCGGUGAUUGAUUCCCUUCGGCAGCAUGCUAAAUCACGAGUUCAUGGUCUGAGGGUAAGUUCGUAUAGGGACUGCACCCUGAAUUCUCCAUACGUUAAGCGAGGUUAUUGUUCUGAUCUCAAUAUACUGAGCCUCCCAAAUGUUUUUUAUAAUAUAAAGUUGCUCUGAACCGUAUGUACAGAAGAACGCAGAACUAUGCAAAAAAAAAAAAAAAAAAAAAAAACAGUGUUGUCUUCGAGAAUGCAUUCAGUAAGGAAUAAAGGGGCUCAGCGCGCUCGGAUUUGAGUGGUCACCACUUAAAGCUAUAAUCGAGGAUGACGCAAUAGUAACCUUUAGAGAGAAAUAUGGUCGGUCACAACAUGUUGAGAGAUGGUGACAAAACCAUGUUGCGCCACCUUAAGUUUGAAAUAACUGGGUCAUCGUCGUCACUCGUAAAAUUUCGCGAGCUUUGCGGGGUAUAUGUGUAAUCAUUUACUAUUAGGUCGCUAAAACCAAUUUGAGGUUAUUACUGCCAUACUAAUUUACAGCGAGAACUCAACUCAUCUGGAAUGAAAUUAAACAUAGGUUGUGAUUUCUCCUUCCCCCAAGGCCCUGAAAUAAAGAACCUCAUUGACCUAAACGACCUUUGUUUCAAUUCCUGAGCCUUGCAGCACAACAUUGAAUCUCGAGGCUUAUUGUAAGAUACCGAUUGCGAGCACUAGAGGCCAGAUGGUCAAAAAUUUUUUCUCACGCCCAUUACGGUGCUGUAACGGCUUGCACUAACCUGACCUACAUCGUGGUUCUAAAGGCAAACAUUAUUUUAAUUGUUUUCUUAUAGGACACCAUUGGUUUUAACUUGGCUGGUCUGCGUUUCAUUCAAAACGAAAUGGAAGCCAGAGAAGAGAAGUUUUUUGCCGACGCGACAGAAAAGGUUAAGAAGAUUCGGAAGAAACAGAAAUCGACCUUCGUACAAGUUGUGAAAUAA